AUGAAUUUUGUUACCUUCAUCGAGAAAGCCACCAAGGCCAAAAGAACCGUGAAAGCACGCUUUGUGAAUCUCUUCACCAGGGAAGAAGUGGAAACCUACGAACUGGACAUCGAACACUAUGUCCGCCCAAAGGGCUGCACCACAUGCAUGGGCCGACCCCCUAUGUCGUGUGCGACCUUAUCCGAGAAAGUAGACGCGGGGCUGAUCGCCUGCGACGAAGCUUUGGUCUCCUACAUCCAUGAGCAAGAGGAAAUCAGGUACGCCAUGGUCCAGGAGCAGGACAGACAAUGCAGCGCGGCAAUCAAGAAGGCUGUUGAGGAGGCAGAGUACCCUCAACCCAAAGAGGGCUGCAUGUUCAGCUCGGAGAUCCCAAGCGCCGUUACGGCGCUGUUCAACGCUCCCUUCGCCAACAGGGGCGCCCAGUCCCGUGCCACCCCAACCGAGAACCAGCCACCGCCAUCCCUAGAUCCAAGGGAAUCACAGGCCCCAUCACAGGUUCCACCACAGGUCCCAUCCACAAGCGAGCACUCUAAAUUGAGGUUCCAGCGCGUUGUCGCAAGAGCCCGCCAAGCAAAAGCCAUUUCUCAUCCGAUAGAAGCCCAGAAACCGGCACCACGCCCCACAGAAACCACUGUACACUCGGUUCCUAGUGGCAGACCCCUCUCCAUCAUCUCUCCCAAUUCCGUUGCGAACACCCACCCCCAAGGGUUAGUACCUCCGCAAAACAACGUCCGCACUGCCCCCAACAGUACAGACCUUGGAGUAGCUAUAGGAAACGAUGAGAUGUGCGAGGAGGGUCUUGACGACGGUGCCCGUAGAAAAGGCAGAAACGGCAGGAUCGGCUGGAUUGACAGGGUCUCCAAAGACAACAGGAACGGCUACGACUACGCCUUGAACAACUUCGGCGACCACGACCCGGACAUCACUCCAAGGUUCAGAACCAUAGACACACACGACCUUCGCCGCUGGAGAAAGUUCAAGGACGCUUCGCGCGCAGAAUACACCAGGGCGCAAGCAACCAUCAAGGAACUCAAACGGGCCUCACUGGAAUUCCGGCUGCGGAAGAUCAAAGGCAUGAAGGGCACAGUGAAGACAAGGACAACAGCACUGUACCGGAAACUGUUCAAACACAGCCCGGACCCUGAGGAGCCCGCGCUCCCUACUCGCCCUGUCGACGCCCCGGGAUGCGGUGAUGCGGAUGGAUAUAGUGCCGCAAAGCUGAUGUUCACACGUCUUUUGAAGCUCGAAGAAGAGACGUGGCGCAAGUACAAACACAGCCUGCACGUCUCGCUGUGGCUAGACUCUCUGAUUGCAGCAAAUAUAGACGGCAACGACUACCGCGGCCACAUUUGUGACAACAUCAGGACCGAAGUCGGCAAUUUGACAGGCCUGCUGCAAGACAAGCUGGCCCUCCUAGGAAAAUAUCAAGAACACAACCUCACCACGAUGAAUAACAUCAGCAGGUGUCUCGAGACCGGACGCCAAUUAAGACUCACCAUGGAGCAGGCCCCCGAUGCAACGUCUAGAAGAAAGGCGAAAGGGGAGUACCUGCUCUACAAGGACAGGCUGAUGGUGAAACUGCAUCGUGUGCUGGACUCCCUCGACAUGAUGGAUGGCAGAUAUGCCAGCGAGGUCGAGCUCUUCUCGCGGCUGGUCUCCGAGAAAAAGGAGGUGUACCGGCGAUUACAUGGAAUGGACUUGCGCCACGGCAUUCCCGUGAGAGUCCAGGAAAAGAUCGCCUGGCUCCGCUGCAUGGAGGCUGAUAAACCCAGCCUAGGAGUAAGAGUCAACAUGAAGAUUGGCGAGGUAUUGGACGCGUUCGACAUCCACUAA